AUGGAUGACAUUAUCAUUGGUGGACGCUGUUGGAAUAAUUGUCCUUUUCUACAGUUGUUGGACGAAAAUUAUCUGAAUCAAAAGGAGAGAGCCAUAGGAGAAAAUACUGAAGAGGAAUGCCCAGAAACUGAAAACCAGUUUUGUUCAAGCAUAACGUUGAAUAAUAAUGGCCAAACAAUGGUUAGCGCGAAAGGCUGCUCUGCGGAGUAUGAGUGUAUGGAAUCAAAAUGCGAUCAACGUGAGGAAGCAGAGGGCAUGUACACUGCCGAGCAUUGUUGUUGUGCUGAGGACAACUGCAACGUUGCAACGACUCGAUAUUAUUUCAUUGUUCUUGUUGUCAACGUUGUUUUCUUAGUGUAUUUCGAUUUCAUCGCUUAA